AUGAGCCGUACCCAUCCCAGCCAUGAAAGGAACGCGCAAGUCACUUUCAAAGGCGACCCAUCGAAGGGAAUACCCGUGGUUACGCCGACAAUCGGAAAGAACAAGCAGAGGCGGGCCUCCAUGCAAGCUUCAAGGGCGAAGGCUCUAUCCUUUUUCCUGACGCUCGUUCCGUACCCUCUCAUUUGCCUAGCUAGCCUUGUAGGCGCGUGUGCGGUCAAGGACAAUGCGUUUAGUGCUGGCUACCAGUCCAUCGAAGAGCUACUCGAUCAACCCAACCUUGACGAGGUCGACUACGUGCCGUUGGCAUGGAAAGCGGAUAUGCUUAACCGCCCCAUCUUCGAAGUCGCAAAGACCACUCUUCACAACUUGUGGCAUCGAUUAUGGCUCGUCAGCGGUUCCCGUGGGGAUCCGCGCUUCCACGCGACGCGUGUCGGCGCCGGAGGUAAACUUGAUGGUUGUCUUACUCCCGCCGUGCGUAACUACGUCCUGUCCAAUACCACCGGCGUAUUUGAGGGUAGUUAUCAGCCGAAGCGAGUCCGCGAAGAUCUUACGAGAUUGGCAUUCGGGCCAAGGGCUGGACACAACGAUAGCCUUUUUCGACGCCUGCGUAACAUGUCGCUUAGCCGGGACGCAGGUGCUCCAACAGAGAUAGGCCAAGAAGACUUGCAAAAAUUCGAGCAGCGCAACGACAACCUUCUGGCGACGCUCUCGCAACUGCAGUUGCUCGAGAACAGGAAAGAAUACUUCGAGCGCGUGGAUCAUCUGAGAGCGCAAGGAUUGCCAACCACGGACCUUGCAAGCAAGUUCCUCCUAGGAAAGGCCUCGCCACAGCCUAGCGAUUGCGCGGAAGCUUCUGUUGCCCGGUUUCUGCAAGAAUGCACUGAGCAGGUGCACGGAGGCUCAUCAACGGACCAACGCUCAAAGGUCUAUAUGCAGCUUAUUGUCGAUUACCUCGCCUGCCGACCAUCACAACGUCCGUCUUCGGAGCCGGGCCCGCCGAAGAUUGGGGCUGACCUGGCUGGGAGGCGGAACAGCAUGGGCGAUGCACGAAACAUCGACGAUAACUCAGACCAUGCCCACCCUCCCACGGGAACGAAAGAGCUGCGCAAUGACUCUCUCCCGCAGACGCCUACAUGUCUGCUCGGAUGUGGACCCUUUGCGGACAAGAGCACGCUUACGAGGCAUUAUCUGAGGAAGCAUGUCCGUACGGGGACGUUUGACCGGCCCUUCCCUUGUCCCGAGUGCCGCAGCCAGGGAAUUGGCCUUGUCUUCAUCGACGGGGGCCCGUCGGCGUGGAGCAGCCAUGUCCAAACCGUUCAUGGCCAUAUCCACGCGCCCAACCUUCCCUCCUAUCCACCUGCGGGUGAUGGUGCGACGCGCUGUCCGCUGUGUGGGCGCAUCUGUGGCAACUCGUCAGGCCUAACGAGACACACGAUAUCUACCCAUGAACAAAAAGAGAAACGUUUCGAGCAGCCAUUUUCAUGCCCCGACUGCUAUCACCAGGGCAGAGAUGACGCCCAGAUCGACGGAGCCGCCGCGUGGUAUGAGCACAUAGCUAUGUGCCAUGCUAAGCUUCGGUCCCCUGACGAUUUCCACGCAAGAAAGCGAAAGAGGGACUCGGCAGAGGAGGGCGCCGCUGUCGCCGCAAAUAGCGAGCCCCUCGCGAUGCCCGCUUCGACAACCCCCAGCAGCCAAACUUUGGCGUCGUCGGGAGACACUGAUCUCAUGAACAGAAUCGAUCCGCGCUUGUUGACAGGAUGA